ACCAUAUCAUUUUCUACAAAACAAUAUACAUUUCUUGAACAAAAAAAAAAGAUUAAAUUUCUCUAAACCUCUAGACACAAAAUGCACCCCAAAAUUUUCCUAAUAUCAGCUCUAAUCUUCUCUCUACUUUCGAGUACUCCAAUACUGAUUAUUGCUCAAAUCAAUACUCCAUGUUCACCAAACAUGCUAUCUAGCGUUUCGGGGUGCAUGGAUUUUUUAACGGGAGGUGGUAAUUCUCCGACCACAGGUUGUUGUGGGGCCCUUAAAUCGUUAACCGGAACCGGUAUGGACUGUUUGUGUCUGAUUGUAACCGCAAAUGUGCCGCUCAAUAUUCCUAUAAACCGAACCCUAGCCAUCUCUCUUCCUCGUGCAUGUGGCAUGCCUGGUGUCCCCGUUGAAUGCAAAGCUUCUGCAGCACCUCUUCCUGCUCCAGGCCCUGCAUCUCUCGGUCCGACAAUUUCUCCUACAGAUACGCAAGCUCCUGAAGGCCCUGCUUAUAUCGUUCCGACUAGUUCGCCGCCAAGUUCAGAAUCUCCUGAUGACCAGGAUUAUUCCAAACCGGGCAUCGGAGAUAACCCGACGGAGUCAAAUCCUUCAGCCUCGUUGCCUUCCUCUUCGCACUCUCUCAAGCUUUCGCUUCUUCUAUUUGCUUUCGCUUUUGAGAUUAUCAGUUUCUUUUGAUUAAAGACCAACUACAUAAUGUAUAUGAUAAGAUGUUCUUUAUUUUCCUAUUUAUCUGAUUCUUGUUAAAUAAUGUUUUAAAGUUAUGUUUAUUUGAUGUUACCCAUAUCCUAUCAAUAAAGAGU